ACCAGACCUUGGUCCUGGGACCGUGUCGGAAUUUGCUCGGUGAUUUGUGUUGACUUUUUUGGGAGCGCACCCUAACCUUAACCAUCCCCGCCCCCUUAAACUCUGAUUUGAAGGGGCGUCCGGUUUCGUCGCGUGUUUCGGUCGUCACGUCGCGGCGCGAGUUCCGGUCAAGUUCCGUUCCGCGUUAAUCGGUGCCGAGAGUGAGAGUUGGGGCACGUUAGGAUCUGUUGUCCCCGACCCCGUUGUUCUCCGAACGCCCCCCACGUGGUCUAUUAGUGAGGAGGGGUGCUGGCGGUGGUGGUGGGGGGUCGUUAAGGGAAAAGCCCUCGAGGGCGAGCUCCUAGAGGGCGUCGCGACGCUCCAUUACGGAUGCUGUUUGGUAUUGUCUGGUGAAAUGUGAUCGCAGAAGACAGGCCUCGCGUAGGUCUUUACAACGCGCGCGUCAUUAUGUAAGCUUAUCCAUCGCUAGCGAAACAGAAUGCGUUGGGGCCAUUUUCGGUCGAUUUAUGGGGCGCGCCGGGAAAAAUGAUGAACGAGCUUCGGGACAGACGUCGGCGUCGUCGUCGGUCAGUGGAUGGUGGAAAAUAUCGAUUCGGCUGGAUUUGUGCCUAGUCACAGAAGUUUCAUCCGCGUUGAAAGCAAAAAAACGAAAGGAUUCUCGUUAGUUCUUAAUCCUUUCGUUCGGUGGCCGUGCCCACCAAAGUUUUUUGGCAAACUUCCCGAAUCCGAGAUGAUGAGAAGAAGGGGUCAAAGCCGUUGCGAGAAUCCCGAACAGCUCCCGAACGUGUGUUCUGUUCUCGGCUACUAGAACAAAACCGACAACAAUUACAAUACUAGCGAGGAGUACUACCACUACCAUUGAACGCUUAGAAUUGUUUAAAAGUGUGUGUGUGGGGGUGAAUUUUCCGAGUGAGAGUAGUGUUUGUUUUUUUGUCAUCCCUCACAUGUGAUCUGGGAAAUUGUGCGCCACUUUGUAAGGAGAAAAGGGUGACACUCUUGUCAAUUCAAACAAAAGUGAAAAUUACGCGUUUUUGUGUGUGAGUGAGUGUCUUUGUGUGGAUUGAAAACAACAAAUAAAGAUCAAAUGGAAUUGUCCCAUUUUAAAUGUCAGUGUUCAACUUGGUGUAAACUUUGCGAGUUCGGUUUUAAUCAGUGACAAAUCCAUCAAGAGGGAGAGGAUUACCGUCGUCGUGGUUAUGUUCGGAAGGAUGUAACGCAGGUCGUGAAUCAGGACAACUCUCAAGAAAUGAUGGAGCUUCGAAAUAGACUUCGAUUGACAAGAGUGACAGAGUGCUGGCGCCCGCUGCUAGAAUAUUUCUGCGUGUAGUGAAAGAAAAGGACCUCCAACAUUCGAGACAGUGCUGCCAGCACCUUCGUCGUACCCAAAUAUAUCGGGGGAGCCAAGUGCUGGAAUUGGGAAGUUCAAGUGUUUUUUUUUGCGAUGGAAACAUGACACGACGCCAAAUCGGUUGUCGUCUCACAGUUUGGUUUUGAUUUCCAAUCGAUUUUCCCGCCCUGUUUUAUUUUCGAGUAUUUGUGAAUAGUGCCAAUGUCUGUGCGUGUACCGUUAACGAGAGGGGGUCCUUACGGAUCAUCAGCUCGUCGAAGCUUUCCGUUUGUUCACAUUCUUUUUUCUCCUGCAACAAAUCCUUACUAAUGGUGCGCGAUGAGGGAAAUUCCGUCGUGAAAGACGAGCUGACUACGCCGGGAGUAAUGGUGUCACAUUAAAGUGGUUCAUCUUUUGUCGUUCGAUCGCGAAGAAGAAAAACGAAGAAGACGAAGCAAUAGAGGGUCCCUUUGGGGAAGUGUGAAACCUUGAGCCGGAAUGAAUCUGCAUAAGCUGAGCAAACGUCACUCGAUUCAUUCGAUGCAGCAGCAGCAGACACAAGCAUCGUCGACAGGAACUGCAACAGGACGACAAGCGGAUGAGUUUUCCGGCGCUGAUGCGACGACUUCCGGUGGCAAGCAGCAACAACAGCAGCGGAAGAAGGGAAAGUUUAGGCUCAAGGAACGUUCCUGCUCGUCGGUCCGGGAGCGCUUCGUAAACGAUCCGGCAUACACGGAGGACGUGCGCCACCUAGCGCUGCCGAUGCGCCGCAACAGUGGCCCCGAGCACCACGGCGCGGCCGGUGCGUCCUCGCGCCGGUUCUACACGAUGCCCAAAAAGAAGUCCAACUCGGUCGGGAAGGACUACCUGCGGAGUAGCAGCGGUUCGCGGGGCAGUCGCGAGUUUUACACGGUAGAUGUGACGGCGGAACUGGCCAGGGUGACGAACACCCCGGAACCGGUCGAUCAGAGCAAUGUGCAGGUUAAGGUGAGAAGGAAGAAGUACAACAAUCACAACAGUUCGGCGGAGAUGUUACGUUUCAACGAUGAGUCGAGCAGUUCGGACAAUUUGAGACAGAGCAAGAGUUCGACGCUGGAGCGGCGGGGCAGAAGUUUAGAUCGGAGGGGGUUGGGGGAUCGUGAACCUACGGGGUGGUUCCAGCGGGAAGGGUCCAGGAAGGAAAUGGAGGAGGAGGAAAGAACACGUGGUAGGAAUAGGAACGUUAUGAGGAGGCAGAAUGCUGCGGGGUCGACUACGCCGGAUUCGGCAGUUCAGCAAGAGGAUGAGGAAGCGAUGUACAGAGCGGCAAAGGUGGCUGCUCAAGCCGCGGUUGCAGCUGGGGAAGACGUCAAGGAAAGCAAGAGCAAGUUUCAAAUCGGAAAGCGAUUCUUGAAAGGGGAAAUUGGUAUCAAGAGUUUCAACUAUUACCUGUUGAAGGAAGGAUUGAAAUCUUCCAAGAAGAAUCUGCUGAAGCAGAAAUCGGCACCGGUUGAAGUGGUUGAGGUGGUGCAGCCAGUGGUUGUAGCAGUUCCUCAGGAACGAAGACCUUCUGGCUUGUCAAAGAGCGAGGAAAACAUCUAUGAAGAGAUUUACUUUGAAGAGAAGCCCGGAGAUUCUAACGACGAGAAAAUUCAGUUCAUCGAUUGUGAACUAUGCGUGCAAGAGUGCAACAACAGUAACUGUGAGGUUUGCCACAGCCGUGUUCCAAAGCACAAACUGCAGCAACAUCAUCACCACCAGCAGCAUCAGCAGUUGCCACUUCCACCACCACCACAGGUUCCGAAACCGUCGGUGGAUAAGCAGAACAUCUACGAGCAACUGAAGCAGAUACCACUACCGGGAACGCCUGGCCCUCCGCCUCCGUAUCAAGCGGUUGAGGGUGGUGAUCUGAGUAGCGUUUACCAGUCGUCAUCUUCGAUGACGUACGGCUCAAGUCCCGGUAAUGUACUCCAGUACCAGUCAUACAAUCCGAAAAAUCCUAACGUGUUCAAAAUCGAAACAACUCCAGUUGCGUUCAGCUGUGACUACAACCCGAUACAGCAAAUAUACUAUAAACCAGGUUACGGAAGCGUCCAGCAGCAGCAGCGUCCGCAGCACAUCUACCAGCGGCCACAUAACCUCACGUCAAGCUCCCAAUCCGACUUUUACCAAGAGGUGAACAGGAAGAAAUCAUCAUCCUCGUCGGAUUCGCUGCAAGCUCGAAUGCAGCGUGAGCUGUAUCAGCAAGCCAGUCUGUACUACUACCAGCAGGCUCAGAAGCAAACGGGCGCUGGUUCCGGUGCCAAUCCCUCGGACCCCUCCAAGAUCUAUAAAACUAACUCGAACGCCUCAAUCCUUAGCGAAGCGUCCGCCAAGAGUGAAAACUCGCUCAAGCAUCCGCAGCGUACCGGAAACAUGUCGGACUCCUCCCUGGGAGAUUCCCUGUUUUCCUAUCCGGCAAACCGACGCUACUUUGGAAGUUCGGAAAGCUGUCGCUUUGCCUCCGAGUGCCGCCGCUGCAGUCUGGAUGUGGACAAGUGCAGCUACUCGGACACUUGUCGGUACGACUGCCGCAAUUGCGACUGUUCGUCGAGCUACUUUUCGUCGGACUUUGACGAUCCGGCUGCUGGAGGGCGAAAGAGCGGUUCGCGACAGGAUAACUACGGCGUUCCGGCGUACGCCGAGGACUUUAUGAAGCACGUGAACAACGUUAAGCGAAAUCAGCUUGGUCAGCAGAAGCAAACCGCCAGCGGUAAAAUCUAUGAAACGCCGACGACUUAUGCCGGGGUAUCCAAGAAGACUCACCACGAGCAUACCUAUGAAACGUUGAAGAAUAAUGUGAUUCUGUACCAACAGCCCUACAAAUCCACACCAAAAUACGAAGAAAGCAGCAGGCUUUCCAUUAGUCAAAGCCAUGAGCUUCUGUUGAGUCCCUCUAGAUCAAAAAUCCCUCUUGAGUCACGGUACUCCCUUGGAGGAGGUCCCCCACCCACCGCCAUCAGCCGCUACGGCUACGCCAAGUCCUCCAGCACCCUUCCGGCUGCAUCAUCCUUCGCAGCCAAAACUAGAAGCACCGAGUUCUUCCCGCAAGCCGGAUCCCUCCCGAAGGCAACCCUCUCCAAGCUGAACCACGACUACGCGGAAAUCGUUCAACUCCCAACCCCCGCCGCCCCUCCCAAGGACCCCAAACGGAGCUCGAACGUCAAGUAUACCGCUCCACAACCCCCGAAACCUGCGACAACGCCCACGACCCGUCGCCAAGCUCCGCCCAUCCCGGCGAAUCCACCGCUGGCCAGCGACCCCCUCGAGACCCGAUCCAUCGGAGGAGGUUCCGACCGGGACAAGUCCCUGCCGCGCAAAGAUCGGGCCGACUUUGAGAAAAGCAAGCGGGGAGCGGCGGCGGCAGUUGCGGCUAGUUUACAGGAUCAGCCGCAGGAAAAGAAGGAACCGAAGGAGCAACCGGUGCAACAACUGACGGUGGCCACGGCGAAGAAGGAAAAGAAAGAAAGACGGCAUCCGGCCAGGAAGAAGGUGGAGGACGACGGGAACUUUACCGACGACGAAGACGAUGAGGUGUUUCUGAGUGAGAGGAGCAACGAGAAGCUGAGGAGUGCGCGGAAAGAGAAUCCACCGAAAGAGCAAACCACAACAAACGCGGCCGCCGUUGCCGGUUCGGCGGAGCCGAGCUCACAACCACCACCAAGGCAGCAACCAAAACAAACCGUGAGUUCCACCACCCCCCAGAGGAACUCACCCAAUGAAAGCGAGAGUUUGCGCACUUUGGCGGCGGCACCGUCCGAGCGCGCGAGUGACCGGAGAGUGAGUGACGGCGGCGGCCCAUCGAAGAUCGCCAAAACAGCAGACGCGCUGCUCAGUUCCGAUCUUGCCGUCCCAGGUGAAACAUCGGCGCGUCUGACGGUUCCGGCGUCCGACCAGGCUGUCCCUUCGAACAGACUCGAAGAGAAAAACUCCCCAGCGGCAAGUGCCUGCCCGUCGCGGUCCCCAUCCGCCACUAGCGUAGCUUCCGGCAAGGAUAAUCCCCCGCCAGCGGAACAAGACAACCAUGCCACUGAACCUGAAGCUAAGGUCGGCGAUGGUGAUGCCGAAGCCGAUAAAUUAGUUACCAACGAUGAAUCCGGUGAACUCGAGCUCGACUUUCCGCUGCCGGAGAUUCCCGUGAAGCACGAUCUGGGAACGUCGUCGGACGCCAGCUUUCGGACUGCGACGGACAACGACACUGCGACGACUACGACCACCACCACCGGGGAUGAUGUGAGGAGAUCCCCGAAGGUCUCGAGUAGGAACAAAGACAAAUCGGGCGCCGAAGAGAUGCACUAUCGAAAUCCAAACGACCCCAAACCGACGUACCUGUUUGGGGAAAAUCUCAAAAAGAAUGAAAUCUUUCUCAACAAAUCGGGCUGGGUGCAGGUCAGCCAGCCUUCGCAAUACCCGGGAGGACCCGGCCCGCAGCGAGGGUCGGCCGUCCGGGCCAAAUCACUCCAGUCCGAGUUGAUGUCCGGUGGGCCAAAGGUCUCCCGGAGGUACAUCGAGUACGACGAGAAUCGCUACGGCAGGGGAACCAAACUUGAAGAUCUCAUCAACCGUAACGAAGCCCGACGGAGUCAACUGCAGAAGAUCCAACGACAGGACAAUGUGACCAUCUUGAAGAUCGACCCGCAACAUCCGGGCGGUCGUCCGGAAUGUCUACCAAUCAAACGGAACCUGGCGGACAACUCACCACCUCCGGUAACCCCAAUCCUGUCACCACCACCGGCCUUCCAAGACUCCAAGUACAAGACGCGCCUCAGCGAUAUCAAACCUGGCACCAGGAUCUUCCUGUCCGUCGUGGACAACGAGAACCGCAACCCCAAAGGAAUGGUCUUCUCGCGCAGCUUCGAGUACGACCUCCGGCAACGGUACGCAGCCGGAUCUUCCUCCCAACACCAAAACCCCCCGCAACAACAACAACAACAAACGCAAAAGCAAUCCUACUCGGACUUUUCCAAAAGUUUCGACUUUGAAUCGUCCCGCUCAGCGGCCAUGCCCAAAACCACGGACCAACCCUUCAUCCGGCGGAACCGAUCGCCGACCUUCGCCACCCUCACCGGCAACUCGCCCAACUACCUGACCAAAAAGGAAAAGCCGAAAGACCCCUCACCAAUCUUCCCCAAGUCAAUCCCCGGCACCGGUCUGCCCAACUCCGGUGGGUACGAACCUCUGAAGCGGUUCGGCGACAAGAACAAAUCGCUCGACUCGAUGAUGUCUUCCAGUGGGGCGGGAGGAGGAGGUGGCCGAUCGCGGAGGUCACAGUUUUCGACCAAGGCCAACUCGACGCCCGGGCUGCCCACGUACGGGAGCAGCUUCCGGUCCGAUUCGGUGGGCAACACGCGGCUCAACUCCUGUGAUAGUGGAGCGAGAUCGGAUUACUCCAACGACGGCGUCGAAGACGACGACGACGAAGAGGACGUCAGCGAGGACCAAUCCUCCUCGCUGGCGCUCAGCUACAAAUCAACCACCUCGUACAUGAACCAAAUGAAGGGCCGAGCAGCUGCGGCCGCCAUGUACAGCUCCAGUCAACAGCAACAACAACUUCAGCAACAGCUAUCCGGUUCCGGCAACACGUUAACGGCUCACGCCGCCCUGAAGCCGCAACGCUCGCUCACUCCGGAACGGCUGUACGACAACGACGACUACGAAAGCAUGCGAAAUCUGAAGAAACAACGCUCGCUGACUCCGGAAAAGCGGUCCCGAACGCCGGACGAUCGACCCUCGAAGGCGGCCACCGCACGUGGCAAGGGUGAAAUCAACAGCUCGCAGUCAUCGCUGGUCUCACGGCAAAGUUCCGGCUCGAGAAGCAGCACGCUGGAGCGAAGAUACGACGAGGCUUGCAUGAGCCGAAGUACUUCGAGCUCUAGUUACAGCGGUGACGAAGCUCACACCUCGUCCUACCGGAGGAGUCAACUGAGGGGAGGUUCCGGAGCGAAUCUACGGCCAGGGAAUGUCGGUGGAGAUUACAAAAUUCGAAGAUCGAGCAACCAUUGUUUGGCAGACAUUAUGUGUGUAUCCCUGCAGCUGUCGGAACGUUCCCCGAGCCGGCAACUUCUCCAGCAACAGCAACCAGGUCAGCCGCACAAGGUCGUAGUGCGGCUUGGCAACGUGCCUAAAGAGCGGCCGGCGUACCCUGGCGGUGCGAGGAAUCCGCCCAAGUUCCGGGUGUCACCAAACUCCACGCUGGACCGACUCCGACGCGAGACGGCCUCGCACGCCAUGCACGCCGGUCAGGUCGACGUGGUGGACAACAAGACGAGCAAAAGCUUCGACAACAACAACUACGGAGUGUACGAGUACGCGGACUUUGACAAGAGCAAAUCGUUCGACGAAAACUACAUUCUGGACGAUCGGGAGAAGCAGCGAGCGUACGUCGCGACGGAAGGUCGAUCGUAUAGCCAUGAUCGCGUGUUCGGAUCAACGGGGACCUCAUCGAGUAACGAGUACAGCCAGUCUUCGUCGUCGCGAAACAGAACUAGUCCGCAAAGUUACGGGGCGCGGUUGUACGACCACGAGCUACAACAGUAUUCGGAGCUGGGCCGAAAAGCCGCCAUGAGUCGAUCGCCGAUCAUGGGGGGUUACAGUGGACGAAGCAGAGGAGGAACUGCUAGGGAUCGCUCACCCGUACCUGGAUCCACCAAGCUAACGCAACAGCACGGUAGCUUCCAGAAGGACUUGAUGUACGCGGGAAUGAGAAGUCUUGGAACGCCAGACUCGGAGUACGACGAUCGGACGACGACUACGCCGGAUGAUCCCGCGGCAGCGGCAGCCUUCAAGGAGGCCGAACUGGUCAAGAAGUUUCUGUACGCCGCCAAGAACAAGCAAAUGCAAAGAGAGUCCGGAGGACGUGGGGUGGUGGUACCUCCGGCCGGAACGCCCACCUCUGGAAGUUGUACCGCUAGUUCCUGUGACUUUUGGCCACACUGUGGCGCGGCCACGACGCCGCAAACGCUGACGGUCGUCGGCCACGGCCAGUUGACAAAGUCGGGUAGUGAGAACUGUUUGAACAGACGAAGUCUCGUGGUUGGUGACAUUGUUCCUACCGGUGUUAGUAGUGCAGGUGGUGCUGGUUCAGGUGAAGUGAUUGUAAUCAGCGGUGGAAGCCGCGGUGCCACGAUGGUCCCCGUCAAGGCCAACAGUUACGGGGGCACGAGCGGGCACGCCCCGCUCCGCAAGCAGCAGAACGUCGAAAUCCACGACCGGGAUCUGCCGGCGGUGCUCGGAACACCGCGCUAUCUGUACGGAAUGACCUCGGCCAAGGCAAACUCGAUAACGUUCCUCGGUGAGCACGAGAUGCCGAUCACGCGGGAUCCGACCCAGCAGCUGACCGGCGGCAGCAACAAUCGUCAGGACUCGACCACUUCCUCCAGGAGAUCCCGCGACGGGAACGGAGGAAGCAGCAACAGUAGCGUGAAAAGCAACAGCAGCAACAACUACAAAGUUAGUCGAAGUCCGAACAAUCGAAGGCACGGAUCCAACGGAAGUGGUGGCUCGGGAUCGGGUACGACGGUGGUGGCGUCGUCGGGAAAGGGGGAAGUUGUGGCCGUGGCGGCGGCGUCGACGGCUUCGGUGGAGAAGACUGGCUCUGGAAGCGAUGGGCGUGAUAGGAAAGCAAGCAGCAAACCAUACUCGAUGAGGCCCCGUUCGGCGUCUAUCAAGCGGAAGUUCGAGAUGAAGCUCAAAAGUCGCUCGCUGCCAAAGUCCUUCAUGCGCCACAGCGCACUUACAUCGGAUGAUCUGGAGUUGUCGGCAAUUUUCGCAUCGAAUUCGCCCCUUCAGCUGAGGGCCGUGUCCAGUCCCUCGUUGACGGAACCGACGCCACCGGUGGCCAUCACCACAACGGCCAACACCGUGCUCCAGCAGCAGCAGCAUGUACCGGCGGCGAUGACGAAGGAUGGCCGUUUGGCUGUGACCCAGCAGCACCAACAGCUCGGCAAUAAGGCCGUGGUGCUGGCCAAAACCGGCGGCCACCACAAUCCGUCGCAGCAGGUUUCCGAGAGCGUGCUGCAAAAGUUCAAGAAAACCUUCGCCCAGUUCAAACCAACGACCAAAGCAGCCGCUAGUCCCCAACCUCUAUCGUCAGUGGGUCCAGGUUCCCACUCGUUCGACGCCGGAACCAACUUCCUUCCCCAGCAGCAGCAGCACCCUCCCCACCUGGUGACCACGAUGAGCGUCGACAGUGCCGCCAGCGACAGCACCAAGCAGGGCCAACUCACGACGCACCACCGCUUCGGGCCGCUAAUCUGGCGCUCCAGCAAGGAACGCCGGAAGACCAAGUCCCACCGGCGGGACAAGUGCAACAGUGGCGACUCCGGCAUCCAGGUCGAGCUGGAACCGGACGAGCUGCUGCACGAUGGGCUCGACACGGCGGAACCAACGGUUUCAACCCACGCAGGCAACGUGUCCGUGCGGCGGGCCAACUCGGCCAAGGUGUCCUCGGGCGUCACGGGGACGACCCUGCUGAAGCACAAACUCUCCCUGAAAAGCAACAACAAGGAGAACGUGGCGGCCAACGUGUCCCGGCUGAGCGGGAAAUCGUUGAGUCAACCGUCGGGACUGGACAGCAUUGCGGCCGGUGGCGAACUGCGGAGGUCAGCGACGGAUCUGACCGACUCGGACAGUGACGACCACCACGAGCAUCAUCACCCUCACCACCAUCACCACCCCGAUCACCGGCUUCGACCCAGCGACGGCAACGACGACGAAGAGCCGGUUUUCGCCGAAGUUCUCUUUUCGUUCCGACCUGCUGGACCGCAGGAGCUGGCGCUCGAAAAGGGCGCCCUGGUUGAAGUCCUAAAGCGUGAACCCGGCCCGUGGUGGUGGGGCCGGAUCAAGUCCGACGCCAUCUUGGCCACCGACGAGGACGAAAUCGACACUUCCGACUGUGGCUGGUUCCCGAUGGACUUUGUCAAGGUGGUGCCGACCUUCAACAAGCCCAAACAGAUCAUCAUCAUCAACAACGGGACGCGGAACGGCGAGGACAGCUCGGUCAAGACUGACGUCGACUUGAAAAACUGUGAUAGCUUGGACGAUCCCACGGGGGCGGGGACGAUGAUGACGGAAGAUGGGGAGGGGGAGGGGCCAGUGGAUGCCACCGCUACUAGUCAGGACAGGCAGACCAAGGAGAACGUCAUCAAGGAGCUGCUCGAGACGGAGAUCAACUACGUCAAGUUGCUCAAUUCGCUGUGCUUGGGCUACAUCAAACCGCUGCGCGAGCGAGAGGACGUCUUCCCGGCGGAGAGCGUCAACAUUGUGUUCUCGAAUCUGGAAAAAAUCUGGCGGUUUCAGCAGACCUUCCUGGACGCACUCCGGAUAGCGGUGCCAAACAACCGGAUCGGCGAAGUGUUCCUUGAAUACCAAUCGGCGUUCAUGAUCUACUCUUCGUACUGCAACUCGUACCCGCGGGCCCUGAUGGAGCUCGAAAACUACACCCACAACAAGGAAGCGUGCACGAUCUUGGAAAACUGUCGCGUGGCGCAAAACCUGCCCGAGCUGCCCCUGUCGGCGCACCUGCUGGCCCCGAUCCAGCGCAUCUGCCGGUACCCGUUGCACCUGAGCGAGCUGGUGAAGCACUCGCCCACGCGGAAGGAGCUGCUGCCCCAGCUGAACCUGCGCAAGUGCACCAAGUCCGAGCUGGAAACGCUCGACUGCCGCGAGACGUUCGAGCUGGCUCUGACGGCGAUGCGGCGCGUCACCGAGAUGGUCAACGAAGGCAAACGCCACAGCGAGUACCUGUCGCGCAUCCAGUCCCGCUUCGAGAACUUCCAAGGCCCGUCGAUCAACGUGCACAGCACGCGGCUCUUCCUGCAGACGGACGCCAUCCGGAUGUCGCCGAACCUGUGGAACAACACGUACACGCUGUUCCUGUUCGAUCGGCAGCUGAUUUACUGCAAGAAGGAUUUGCUCAAGCGGACCAACUACAUCUACAAGGGUCGGAUAUUCCUGGACAAUUGUCGCAUCUUGAACCUGCCCGACGGGAAGAUGUUUGGCGUGACGCUGAAGAACGCGCUGCGGUUGUACUGCGACACGCGGAACAAGUGGUUCGACUUUUGCUUCCGGAGCAGUAGCAGCAAGUUGCGCUUUUUGAACACGUUGUCGGCCGAGCGGCAGUUUUGCGGGGAAAGUUUGUUCGUGUCGGAGCUGGACGGGGCUUGUGUGGACGAGGACAAUCUGUCGGAUCGGGAGUACUUCCCGUUCGGCGAGGACAAGGACGGGUGCAGCAAUACGGACACCGAAACGAGUAACGGUGCGGACUUGACGGACAGCAUGCAGUUCCUGUUGGGGAACAUGUCCCAGAGUGCGCGAAGUAGCAGCAAUUGCAGCAAUAGCGGUGUUCUGAAAGAAUCUCCUACGAACGUGAAGGCCACGACGACGGCGGGGAACACGCUGCCGAAAAAGUCUCGAAAAUUGACCAAAGAACAGCAACAGCAACUGCUGGCACAACAGCAAACCGUGGAGUACAGUUCGCACUCACUAGGCCGGCGGAAGUUGGGCAACUGGUUCCGGAAGGCCAAGAGCACCAACAGUACGCCCUCGCAGAGUCCCACCCAUCACCCGAUGGCCCUCUCGUUGGCGGCCGUCAACGCCGCCUCGGACAGCUCUUCCGCCAGCAGUCCCGGUCUUGGCUACCAGCAGAGAACGCUGUCCGCGCUGUCCGCGAACGGCACGACGGCGGUUCCCGCGGUGAGCAAAGAGAACGACGACCCCGUCGAGGACCGUUUGUUGUUCUAGAAGUGCCGCAUCCACAGCAGCCAAUCGUUUAGUUUGAUUCCCGUAAAUCCUGGGCAGUGUGUAGAAUAGAGUAUAUUUACCUUAAAAGUAACACACACACACUCUCACACAUACAUAUUUUGAACGCACAAAUUGAUUUGAAGAAAACAGAGCACACGCACACCCAAAACAUUGCACAACAACCCAAGUGUAUUGAGAAAAAAUAGCAAAAUCCCAAAUUUUACAAAAAAUCCUAAAAUGACUUAGAACACUACCGAGCGGUUUUAAUUUAGAGUGUAAUGGACGGUAAUCCAGUUUAAAAAAAAACCCAAACGAAAACCAAUGGUCUCAUUAUAACCCAAACUACACACAGACUCAAAAAGGCUAAUUGAACGGAACGAGAGUGUUCAUAUUUUAACAGUGUAAAGUAAAAUAAAUAAAAUGUGAAGAAAUCAAUUUUGAACUGUGCUGGCCACAUGCUAACAUUUCAAUAGAGUAAUACCAUUCCUACCAUUAAAACAUCUUUUCCUUGAUUCACCUUAGUAUUUGUUUUUCUGAAUUGUCAUCAGGAAAAAAAUAUCAUAAUCCGAAAUGAAAUAUUUCCAAAAUUUACCUUUCGUAAAAAAAAAUAUUUGGCGUUUCUUACGCAAUUAGUUUAACCACAGUCUAUGGUUUAACUAUUCAGUAAUAUUUUUAACAAAACUAAAAAUUAAUAAAACCCAAAUUAACAAUUUUGUGGAAUUGAUAACAAAACCAACCCCCCCUAGAAUUACUCCUUGGCGUGUCAAACUUUGACCGAAAACCUAAACCAUGAUAGCGGAAAAUAUAAAAAAAAACAGUUUUAUACCAAAAUAACUACAAACAAUCCAACUUCUAAUUGUGAGAGAGGGAAAAUAAACGAAAAUCUGUUUACACAAGCAACUGCCAGAAAGCUCGAUCAAUUGUCUUUUUAUGUUAGCUAAAAAAAAUAAUAAAGCGAAAAAUUUUACCACUUUGAUCAAAUUUUGAACUGUUGUUGAACUGAAAUUAAGAUUUAAAAUUGAUUAGUAUUAUCAUCAAUUUUUGUUUUUAUUUUGUUAAAAACCAACACGCACGUUCAAAAUCACUCAGUUUCAAUCAAAACCGAACCUACUCAGAAAUGAGUAAAGGAGGCAUCUGUCAGAUUUGAGUGAAUUCCUCCCAAAUCUGGGUGAAUAUCACUCAGUUUUCGUUGAAUUCUGAGUGAAAUUCACUCAAAUCUAACAGAUGCCCCCUUACUCAUUUCUGAGUAGGUUCAGUUUUGACUGAAACUGAGUGUUUUUGAACGCGCGUUUAUACAAGACAGCAACUAUAUAAAAAAAAUAACAAUAAUUGUGAAUCUCACAUUAACGUGCACGCAACUAUUUUACACUUUAAAAUUAACAUUCCAAGUCAAACUGAGUUUCCAUCAAUAAUUCAAAAUAUGAUCAAGUAAAAAUCCAAAUAAAAAUUUGAAGCGAGCAGUUGAAUUUCACUUAACAAAAAUCUGCCAAAUUAAAUUGAUUACUUUGAACGCAAUAAAGAGCAUGUAAUGCAGAAAGAAAGGAAAAUUAGGUUAGGGAAUGUUGUUGAUGGAAAAUGAGAAUUUGUUAAAAAAAAAUACCUAACACAAAACACACACACUUGUUCCACGUGAGACGUCGCACAACUACCGAAAGGAAAAAAAAAUAAGUACAGGGCUAUUUUAAACGAGUCUUAAACGUUGAAACUGAUCAAAUUUCAAACUUGAAACAAUUUCAAAUCAGAUGGGGAAACUUUUUUCCCAAAUUAGAACAACAAUUGUUGCUGAUUUACCAAACUAAACUCGAGCAAACUGUAACGCUUAAAAGACAUUAUUAGAAAGAGAAACCAAACUGUUAUAUACGUUAAUGGAAUACAAAUCAAAAGUGUUUGUAAUAUUUACAUCCGAAAAAAAACAUAAACUUACAAUUAGUAACUGCUGAAUUUCAACUAUGACACUGUGAGGUCGGGGGAAACUUUGUCGAGCAGUGAAACUAUGUUUGCGAAGAGACCAACUGAAACGAUUCUAAAAGCAACAAACCUAUCAAAUACUGAGUGUGAGUGUAUCGAAGUAUUUAGUAAAGGAACGAACAUUAGCAGCAAGUCUUAAUCGAUGUGUUUAUCAUUUAAAUUAGCUUUCUACAAAAUAUGAAUAAAGUAAUGCAUCUUAAACUCGAAAAAAAGUCGUGCGAAAAGCGUUCAUGUUUUGUAAAUAGAUUUCGAAAUCAACUGCGCAUAAAAUUAACAAACAA